CACAGCUGUUGCCCCCAGAAAAGUUCUUAAUUAUAUUAUUAUCUUUUGUUUUGCUGCUCUUUUGUUUGUUUCCGUUGCAAUUGUUAUGUUUCUUUUGCAUUCAUUGACCGUUUUGUGCCUUAUCCUUGCCACAUGCCAGGCCAAGUCCAUCAAGAAGGCGCAGGCUAAUCUGCUGGAGCCGACAUUUGAUUUGGACGACUGGCAUGGCAAAUGGUUUCCUUACGCUCCCGGAGAGCCUCACAUUCCGAAAGUGCAACGUGUACCUGAGACGAACACAACAGCCACCACCUCUGAUGAUUGGACAGGCAAGUGGUUCCCCUAUGCACCGGGAGAACCGCAUGUGAUCAAAAGUCAAACGGCGAGCACAUCAGCGGCACCGGAGGAGCCAUCUGCAGACGGCUGGAAUGGCAAAUGGUUCCCCCAGGAGCCACACAAACAUCAGCAGAAGGCAGAGAAACCCUCAAAAGAAAUCAACUGUGAUGACGGAAUGAGCAACCUGUCCGUGGAUUAUGAUCCAAAUGAUGUGCGCCAGAGCUUCAAUGUCCUGUGCAUCAGCAGCAAUCGCAGCAUCUACGAUCCGAACAUGUCCAGGGAGGCGCUGCUCACGGAGCACUUCCUGCCCAGUGCCUAUAUGCCGCCAUCCAAGUGCCUGAACGUGUCCAUCGAGUACACGCAUCUGCCACCAACCAAUGGCCCCUUCCGUCCGUUACCCGCCGAGUACGGCACCUACUCGUACCUGCCGCCACAGCGAUACAUGAGGAAUCUCGCCGAGGGUGCCAUUGUUAUGCUGUACCAUCCCUGUGCCUUCCUGGGCCAGGUGGAUCAGUUGCAGCAGAUUGUCGGCGGUUGUCUGUAUCGCCACCUCAUCUCGCCCUCGCAGUCGCUGUCGCCGGAACGACCGCUGGCGCUGCUCGCCUGGAAUCACAUCCUGGAGAUGUCCGUCGUGGACAAGCAUCUCGUGGCGGAUUUCAUCAAGAAGCACGCCAAGCAGGGGCCCCUGGCCGUGGAGAAUCUCUCGAGACUGGUGGACAAGCGGCAGUCCUACAAGGCGGGACUGCAGACGGAGGCGCGUUUGGUCACGACUGGAGAUGACUACGAGCUGUGCGGUUACCUGGAGGACCAAAUGUAGUGGAGUGGAGGGGGAUUUACUUUGCUACGUGUUACCUAUUUUGUUGAAUAAAAUGUGAAUAUUUUGAAAGGAAAUAGGGUA